AUGUGUGAGGAAAGCAACUCAGAGACAGAUCUUUGUGGAGCUGAAGAAGUUGAAAAGACAAGCAUCAAGAACACAAACAUUGAGAAGUUGGGCAAGGAUCAUGACCAGGAGAGGAACAGUAGUGAUGAGAUGUGUGAGGAAAGCAACUCAGAGACAGAUCUUUGUGGAGCUGAAGAAGUUGAAAAGACAAGCAUCAAGAACACAGACAUUGAGUUUUCCGAGAAUGAGGACGAAGACGAUCCAGACUAUGUGCCAGAGACCACCGAUUCAGAGGAUGAUGUACCACAGACUACCAAUUCAAAGGAUGAUGUACCGCAGACCACCAAUUCAGAGGAUGAUGUACCGCAGACUACCAAUUCAGAGGAUGAUGUACCGCACACCACCAAUUCAGAGGAUGAUGUACCGCAGACCACCAAUUCAGAGGAUGAUGUACCACAGAGUACCAAUUCAGAGGAUGAUGUACCGCAGACCACCAAGAGGAUGAUGUACCACAGACUACCAAUUCAGAGGAUGAUGUACCGCAGACCACCAAUUCAGAGGAUGAUGUACCGCAGACUACCAAUUCAGAGGAUGAUGUACCGCACACCACCAAUUCAGAGGAUGAUGUUCCGCAGACCACCAAUUCAGAGGAUGAUGUACCGCAGACUACCAAUUCAGAGGAUGAUGUACCGCAGAUUACCAAUUCAGAGGAUGAUGUUCCGCAGACCACCAAUUCAGAGGAUGAUGUACCGCAGACCACCAAUUCAGAGGAUGAUGUACCACAGAGUACCAAUUCAGAGGAUGAUGUACCGCAGACCACCAAGAGGAUGA